CCUCAAUUCGUUUUUUUUAUAUGCUAAGAAUGAAAACAAUAAAUCUGAUUAUAAAAAUAUGCGAGCUAAAGAUAGGUUAAAAAAAAUUAAGGAACGUUGGAAGAGUGAAUCAAAGGAAACUAGAGAACUUUUCGAUUGUGGUGCAAAUUUAGCAAAGGAAAGACAUGCUAAAAUACAUAAGGGUUAUCAAUUUACAAGGAAGACCCGACAAAAAAAGCAAAAUACUAUAGUAAAUAUUGAAGAUAAUUCUUUUAUUCCAUCCAAAUAUUCCUCGAAAAUCCCAAUUACAUCAUCAUUUUCGUCAAAAGAACAUUCUCAAAACAUUCCUCCUUAUUUUCAAUUUAAUGACAACACUUUACAAAUUCCUAUUGAAAAAUAUUACGAACAAACCCCUCCUACAGAAUUUUUACCUACUUCCAUCCAGACAAAUUCAAUUGAAUUUUCUGUUUAUGAUUUACCAGCUAAUUACAAUCAAAUUGAGUCAUCUAUUUCAUCCAAUUUGGAAUUAAUGAUGAACCAGCAUAAUCAGCAUUCAGAUCCUCAAGUUGAGUCCAUUCUGGAUCAGUAUUUAUUAAAUCCUGCAGAUACUUGGAUGCCUUUGAUGCCUUAUAUGCAACUGGAAUCUAAUUUCAUUUCUAAUCUUACUAAUGAUUUGUCGAUGAAUGAAACACCGAAAAUCAAUAUACCAGAAAACUCUUACAAUUCCAGAUUCGAACUGGAACCAAAUAAUAAUCCUCAAUGGAUAGGUUGACAGG